AUGAAAGAUGAGGCGACACUCAUCAAGUAUGACGAGGCUAUCUGUCAGUACCUGGAGCAGGGGUUCGCGGAACGACUUCCAUCAGAAGAAAUCAACAACGACGCAAGCAGAGUAUACUACAUGCCUCAUCGUGCGGUCUUUAGGCCUGACAGCCUUUCGACCAAGAUUAGAGUAGUAUUUGACGCAUCGUCUGCCGAUGCACGUUGUAUAUCUCUGAAUGAAGCCCUGGAACCAGGACCGAACUUGAAUCCAGAUUUGCUUAAAGUGUUGCUGAACUUCAGAAUUCAUCGCAUAGGAUUAACUGCCGACGCUGAAAAGGCAUUUUUGCAAAUUUCGGUGCAACCGGCAGAUCGCGACGCCCUCCGAUUCUUCUGGUAUGGAUAUCUUCCAACGAAAGAAGACCCAGACCCUCCUAAUGAAGUCUGGAGAAUGACACGGGUGCCUUUUGGCGUGACAAGUAGUCCAUUCCUCCUCGCAGCCACCGUGCGCCACCAUCUGUCUACGACAGGAGAUUAUCCGGAAAUAAGGAAAACCAUCAGUGAAAGCCUUUAUGUAGACGACCUCAUAACAGGAGCGAACACAGAAGAGGAGGCUGCAGACUUCUACCGAGGGGCACUAGAUGUCAUGAAUCGUGCCAGUAUGACACUGCGCAAGUGGAACUCAAAUUCCAAGAAACUGCAACAGCUGUUCAACGAUGAGGGAACCGGAUGCGACCUUGGCUACGUGGAAUGUCCAACAGCAAGUGUCUCACGGGUCCUCGGACUUGUAUGGGGUAAGGACAGCGAUCACUUGGCAUUUUCCAUGGAGGCCAUCUCAGAUUUCCUCAACCGAAACAGCAACACGAAACGAUUCAUCCUUCAGGCAUCGGCUCGUAUAUAUGACCCGCUUGGUCUCAUUUCUCCUGUCACAGUGACAACCAAGUUGAUGUUUCAGACACUGUGGGAAUUGGGUAUUGAGUGGGACGCCCCUCUGCCUGAAGAAGUCAAAGCAGCUUGA